GUUGUAUAAAAGCGGCAGUCAGCUGUCGGAACCGGCAGUCAGAUUCAGAAUCGCGUAAUAGAAGCGACCACCCAAAAAGAAGCCCUCAGCUUCCCUCAACAUUUUUUUUUUUUUUGUGAUAUAGUUUAAGUGUUUCAACUAUGGAAGUUAUCGCGGUCCAAACCAAUCCGGAAUACCAAAAUCAAAACAAAUGGUAUUACGAUCCGAGGCCACAUCUAAGCGAACCGCCGCACUUUCUAGCCAAACUACUAGAAGAAGAAAUACGGUCGGCGAAGAAAACCCAUUUAUCAGCCGGCGAAGUUCUUUUGCCCACUGGUCUUCUGCAAAGAGUAGCGGAAGAUGUGCUGGAAAUCGCCGAAACUGAGUGCUGCGGAGUCAGAGGCAUGACUCUACACUUGCUCUACGAGGGCGAAGAAGAUUGCAGAAGAAUGAGCUGCUUGAAACUGGAUCCCUCGACGCCGUCGACUUUUGAGGUUUACUUGACUUUCAAACAAGCAAACGCCGGAUGGGGAUUUUUGCCGCAAUUCAUCAAAAAAAUCACUCGCGGCAGUACCGUUAUCAUAAGUACCGACUACGAGUUAACGAAAAAGAAGCUGUAUCGUUCGAUGGAGGGGCGCGAGUAAGCCUUUGCGACUGUUUUCUAUAUUUUUUUAUAUAAGGAAAGCGCAGCGUGAUUGUAGAUUUUAGUGGGGCUGUUUGUAAAACACCCGAAAAAGUACAAACAAUUUUUUUUUGACAGUAUUCUUCGACUUUUUCCACGAUUGAAAUGUGGAAGAAGAUAAUAAUAAUAAUAAUUCGUCUCGAACGAGCGAGCGCGGACCACUUUUGCAGGUCCAACCAAUGGAAUCCGUGAUUUUAUUUUUUCGUGAUAAUUUUAUAUGUAUUCGUAUGAGUAAGUUGAUAUAAAUAUUGUACCUGUGUACUUAAAUUUUCAUAUUUUUUUUAUGUGAUAAAUUAGUGAUUAGAAAACAAAAAGUGACAUAAAAAAAAAUUAUAUAAAGAAAAACCCAUAUCGCGCGUGUUUGUACAAAUUCUAAUUAUCACGUGUGAUAGGGCAACAAAAAAAUUAAUACAUAUAUAUAUAAAUAUUUGUGAGGCUCUAUAAUCUAUGAUAGCUCUAAGUAAGGUUACGUUUUUAAGAUUUUUUUUAUAUUUGAUUAUAGGAUUAGAAAAGUUUAUUGAUCGAUGGCUCUAUGUGUGAUAUAUUCAAUAAUCAGUACAGAGUGAUAACUGUACCAACCCAUCUCAUGCUUUCGUAGAAUUAUAAGGAAUAAACAUUUUUUUUUUUUUCA